AUAGGUCAGUAUUAAGCUGGGGUUUCCGACAUAGGAUCGUCCCAUUCCAGACAGACACAGAGGGAGACAGAGAGAGAGAGAGAGAGAGACUGCAGACUGAGAGUCAACCCGGCAAAAAGGACUUCCCUAAGUUCCCCAACUCGAUCCCUGCCUGUGUGCCCUCACCUCCGUCUCCAGGAAUUCCCUGUCUGCACAGAUUCAUUCAUGCACUUGUGAAUCCAGCGAGUGAAAAUGAAGAGUAGGCUAUGCCUAGCAGUUGCUGCUCUCCUCGCAGCUCUGUCUGCCCCCUCGGUGGAAGCGCAAGUGGAGCCUCCUUCACAGUUGAAGUUUAAAAUUUUAACUGAAAGUAGUGUUCAAAUGAUGUGGAGACGCUCGCCCAGCAGAAUACAGGGGUACAGGCUUACGCUAGCACCCACCACUGUUGGAUCUGCAAAGGAAAUGAUAUUACCCCAGGGUGCAAGCAAAACAACGUUAACAGACUUAAUUCCUGACGUGGAAUAUGUGGUGACGUUAGUUGCAUUUGACCGUUCAUCAGAAAGUGUACCAGUUUAUGGACAACUUACAAUUCAGUCAGGUCGUGCACCAACUAAGCGACCGAAAAAACUAGAAGAACUUUCCAAAAAGUGCUCAGCCUCUGCAAUUGCCGAUUUGGUAUUUCUCGUUGAUGGAUCGUGGAGUGUGGGCAGGGCAAAUUUCAGAAAAAUCAGGGAAUUCAUCUACUCCCUCGUUUCUGCAUUUGAGAUUGGAGAAGAUAAGACCAGAGUUGGAAUUGUGCAGUACAGUUCGGACACAAGGACAGAGUUUGACUUAAACAGACACAAUCGGAAGCAGGAGCUACUGAGUGCGAUUACUAAUCUUCCUUACAAGGGAGGCAAUACUAUGACCGGUGAAGCCAUUAAUUACUUGGUACAGAACACCUUUAGUGAAACUGCUGGAGCAAGAAAAUCCUAUCCCAAAAUAGCAGUCAUCAUCACUGACGGCAAGUCUCAGGACCCUGUGACAGAAAGUGCUGAAGCUCUACGCAAUAUCGGGGUUGAGGUAUUUACAUUAGGUAUAAAAGGAGCUGAUUUGGAUGAAUUGAAAUUGAUCGGCUCCUCCCCCCUAAACAAGCAUGUCUUCAAAGUGGCAGACUUUGACAAGAUCCAGGAUGUUCAAAAUGAAAUAAUAAACCUGGUGUGUUCUGGCAUUGAGGAACAACUCAGCGAUAUCGUGAGUGGGGAGGAAGUGGUGGAGCCACCUUCCAAUCUACAAGUCUUGGAGAUUGCGUCUAAUUUCAUGAAGCUUGUCUGGGAUUCAUCUCCCGGUCAGGUCACUGGUUACAGAGUCCAUCUUAUUCCCAUGGUGGCUGGCAUCCCGGAGCAAAGCGUCAAUGUUGAUGCCAGGACCAGGACAGCCGUGGUCAGAGACCUUACUGCUGAAACUGAGUAUCAGGUUAAUCUGUAUGCCAUGCGAGGGCUAGCAUCCAGUGAGCCUGUAUCACUCAUGGAAAAGACACAGCCAGUCAAGGAGUCAGUUGAAUGUACCCUGGAUGAAGCCACACAAGCUGAUGUUGUCCUGUUGGUGGAUGGCUCCUAUAGCAUUGGCCUGAGUAACUUUGCUAAGGUCAAAGACUUUCUGGAAACCUUGGUCAAGACAUUCCAGGUUGGUCCCAACCGCAUCCAAAUUGGCCUCGUUCAGUACAGCCGGGAACCCCAUACAGAGUUUACCCUCAUGAGACAUCAAACGCUGGAGGAUGUGCUAAGCGCUAUACGGACUUUCCCCUAUAGGGGAGGCUCCACCAACACUGGCAGGGCCAUGACUUACGUGAGGCAGAAGGUCUUUGUCCCAGAGAAAGGGGCUAGGUUCAACGUGCCACGGGUGAUGGUGCUGAUCACGGAUGGCAAGUCCUCUGACGCCUUCAAGGAACCUGCCUUGAAGCUGCGAGAUACUGGGGUGGAGAUCUUUGCGGUGGGCGUCAAAGAUGCAGUGUUUAGUGAGCUGGUGGCUAUCGCCUCGCCUCCUGAAAAUACUCACGUGUACCAGGUGGACGAUUUUGACUCCUUCCAGCGAGUGUCAACGAAGCUGACGCAGACCCUAUGUCUCAGGAUCGUGGAGGAGGUGAAAGCCAUCAGGGCAAGGGCCUUCACGGCAGCCACAGAUUUGAGGACCUCUGAGGUAACAUCUCGUAGUUUCCGAGUGAGUUGGACCGGAGCUGGCCCAGAUGUCCUGUCCUACCUGUUGAGGUAUAAAGUAGCAGUAGGAGGUGAUUUCACUUCCAUCCGGGUGCCUGCAGACCAGACGACCAGAGUCCUGACUGACCUCUUGCCUGAAACGACUUACCUGGUCAAUGUGAUUGCAGAAUAUACUGAAGGCAGCAGCCUUCCUCUAGAAGGAGAGGAGACCACUCUUGAAGAGGUUGGGUCACCGAGUAACUUGGAGGUAUUGGAUGAAACCACAGACAGUUUCAAGGUCAGGUGGACAGCUGCUCCUGGGAAUGUUCAGCGGUACAGAGUGGAGUACAGACCAGUUUUGGGAGGCGAGAGCAAGGAAGUGACUGUUGGAGGUCUAGAGACAUGGACAACCCUCCAGAACCUGCUCCCAGACACCAAGUAUUCAGUGAGAAUUAUACCUGAGUACCAAAAUCUUGUUGGUCAACCACUAGUUGGAGAAGGCACCACUAAAGAAGUACGUGGCUCAGCUCGUAACCUUGUGACUGAAAACGUUACACCAACCACAAUCGAUGCUUCGUGGACUUCAGCUCCAGGCAACGUGUACAACUAUCGUGUCACCUGGAAAUCUCUCUUUGAUGAUGAUAGUGGAGAAAAGUGGGUCCCUGGAUACAGCACCACAACAACACUGGAGAAUCUACGGCCAGAGACCAAGUACCAGAUCAGGAUUUAUGCUUCAUAUGGCAGUGGGGAAGGAGAUCCGCUUGAAGGAACAGAAACCACUGAUGCUACACCAGAGGCUAAGAAGUUGACCAUAUCAGACGAAACGGUCAACAGUUUCCGUGUCAGGUGGCUACCAGCUCCAGGCAAUAUCCUGCACUACAGACUCUCGUACCGACCAGCCACAGGAGGAAGGGCCAUUGGAACCAAGAUUCCUUCUCACGUGACCACCACUGUCCUAAGGCGACUCAAUCCUCAAACAACGUACAAUAUCUCUGUGAUUCCAAUGUACAGAAAGGCAGAAGGGAAAGUAAGAUCAGGACAAGGAACCACAGCCUCUCCAUACAAACCUCCACAAAACUUACAAACUUCCGAACCUGCCCGGUCAAGCUUCAGAGUCACCUGGGACCCAUCCCCAGGGGAAGUCACAGGAUAUAAGGUCAUCUACCAUCCCAGGGGAAGAGAAGAACAACAGGGAGAAAUGGUACUGGGGCCAUAUGAUACAACCGUGGUACUGGAAGAGUUGAGAGCUGGCACCACCUAUAAAGUGGCUGUUUCUGGAAUGUUUGAUGGUGGAGAAAGUUUGCCACUGUAUGGGGAGGAACAGACAACCCUCUCAGAUGAAGCAUUAGAGAAACCUCUGGGACCACCAGGGCUGCAGUGUACCACUAGGGCAGCUGCUGACAUCGUGCUGCUUGUGGAUGGAUCUUGGAGUAUCGGGCGACUUAAUUUCCGACAGAUCAGAAAUUUCAUCUCCAAGCUGGUUCAAGUCUUCGACAUUGGUCCCAGAAGAGUACAGUUUGGUCUGGCCCAGUACAGCGGAGACCCAAGGACCGAAUGGAACCUUAAUCAGCACAGGGACAAGAAGAGCUUACUCGAUGCUGUAGCGGGUCUACCUUACAAAGGGGGCAACACCUUGACAGGCAUGGCUCUCAACCACAUAUUGCAAAACAACUUCAAUACUGAUGCUGGUGCUCGUCCGAACGCACGUAAGAUUGGUGUCCUCAUCACUGAUGGCAAGUCGCAAGAUGAUGUUGGUGUUCCCUCCGAUACUUUGCGCAACAUGGGAGUGGAGCUGUAUGCUGUUGGUAUUAAGAAUGCGGAUGAAGCCGAAUUGAAGCAGAUUGCGACUGACCCAGACAGCAUUCAUGUGUACACCGUUGCUGAUUUUGCUUUACUCAAUGAAAUUGUUGAUGACCUGAGCACGAAUCUCUGUAACAGUGUAAAGGGGCCAGGUGACUUGAAUCCUCCAACAAACCUGGUUACCUCUGAGGCGACUCAUCACAGCUUCCGGGUAACUUGGGAUCACUCUGAUUCAAACUUCGAUCGAUACAGGGUGGAAUACCAACCAGUGGCUGGAGGGAAACCUGAAGAGGUGUUAGUAAAUGGAAGAACCAAGACCACAGUAUUGAGAAACCUGCUGCCUGACACGGAAUAUGUUGUCAAUGUGUACGGACUGCUGGAAGGAGAAGUCAGUGAACCUCUCAUGGGAACAGAGACCACACUGCCCAUUCCUGGUGUGAGAAAUCUAAAUGUCUACGAUAUUACCCCGACCACGAUGAAUGUCAGAUGGGAGCCAGCUCGUGGUGCCUCGGGAUAUAUGCUGCUCUACACACCGAUGAAUGCCAGUCAGCCAGCUGUACAGAAAGAGAUCAAAGUUGGCCCUGAUAACACUGAUGUGAGGCUGGACAAUUUAUUUCCCAACACUGAGUAUACCCUUACAAUUCACGCCUUGUACAACGAUGUCCCCAGUGAUCCACUGAGUGUGCAGGCAACUACCUUGCCACUGGGUGGACCCAGGAAUAUCUGGUUUUCCGAUGUCACUCACAGUCACAUACGGGCCCACUGGGAUCCUGCACCAGGCAGAGUGCUUAAAUAUGUGAUUAAAUACAAUGAAGUGGGUGAUGAGACCGUCAAGGAGGUGGAAAUCCCCGGCAAUGAGAACUCAGUGCCACUAUCAGGCCUUGUGUCACAGACGGAGUAUAAGGUUGCAGUUACUGCGGUACAUGAUCAUGGCCCCUCAGCUCCCCUGAUUGGGAGAGAAAACACCUUGGUUGUCCCAGCUCCAUCAAACCUACGCUUCACUGACAUUGGGGAGAGGCGUUUCCGUGUCCACUGGGAUCAUGGAGCAAGGGAUGUUGCCCUCUACAGACUCUCCUGGGUUCCAUCUGGAGGAGGGGAAAGAAAAGAGAUGAUUAUAAAUGGCGAGGACAACAGCCAAAUUUUAGAUGGCCUGACUCCUGACACCUUAUACGAUGUUUCGCUUACUGCCAUCUACCCAGAUGAGAUGGAAAGCGAAGAUCUCCUUGGCUCCCAGCGCACAUUGCCCAAGAUGAUUCCAAUUACACCCUCCACUCCCACUCCCCCUCGUAACCUCCAAGUGUACAACGCCACACCUCACAGCUUGACAGUGAAGUGGGACCCUGCCAUUGGUCGAGUCCGGGGUUAUCGGGUUAUCUACGCUCCCAUGACCGGAGACCCCAUUGAUGAAACGGUCACUGUGGGUGCCAGACAGAACAGCGUGGUGCUGCAGAACCUGGAUCCAGACACACCUUACUCAAUCAAAGUGGUCUCUGUCUCUAGAGCUGGAGAUGGGGGACAGAUCAUUGGAAAUGGCAGAACAAAGCCACUUGCUUCUGUUCGAAAUCUCAGAGUGUACAACCCAACAACGAGCUCGCUCAAUGUGAUCUGGGAUCCUGCUGAAGGAGUUGUACGUCGCUAUAAGAUUCAUUAUGUUCCAACAACUGGAGCUGGAAAUGAAGAAGUGGUCACCGUGCCAGGAAAUACACACAACACGGUCCUCAGGAGCCUGAAUCCGGAUACACCUUACAAAGUGACAGUGGUUCCUGUCUACAGCGAAGGUGAAGGUGCUCGUAGAUCCAGUACUGGGAGAACAUUAAUCCGUGGGGCACCUGGAAACGUUCAAGUCUUCAACCCAUCGCCAAACAGUCUGAAUGUUCGUUGGACCAGUGCACCGGGGCCUGUGCAGCAAUACAGGGUGGUUUAUGCACCACUGACUGGAACCCAACCCCCUCAAUAUGUUGUGGUGCCCGGAAACACCAACAACGUGCUCUUGCAACGUCUGCAACCAGACACAAAGUAUUCUGUCAACGUGGUAGCAAUGUAUGCUGAUGGGGAAGGGGACCCACAAGCCAGCGAGGGCCAAACAUUAACCCGGAGUGGACCCAGGAAUAUGAGGGUGUUUGAUGCUACAACCAACAGCUUGACUGUGAGCUGGGAUCAUGCUGAGGGUCCUGUUCAGCAGUACCGGAUUGUAUACGCUCCCACUGUCGGAGACCCCAUCGAGGAGUUUACCUUUGUUCCUGGAAGGCGAAACACAGUCACUCUGCAACCCCUCACAGCCGACACUCCCUACAGAAUAAGUGUUGUGGCGAUGUACGAGGAUGGAGAUGGAGGACAGCUGACUGGAGAUGGGAGGACAGUGGGAUUGCUGGAGCCACGCAAUCUGAGGGUGUCUGAUGAGUGGUAUACUCGAUUCCGUGUGACCUGGGAUCCUGCACCAUCUCCAGUCCUGGGAUAUAAGCUUGCUUAUCAGCCCACAGGCAGUGAUGAGAAAAUGGAGUUGUUCGUGGGGGAUGUGACAUCUUACACCCCGCAGAAUCUGAAACCUGGGACACCGUAUGAUGUCAACGUCUACGCCAUCUACGAUUCGGGGAGCAGUGGGCCAUUGGAAGGCCAAGGCACUACCCUGUACCUGAAUGUGACAGGAAUAAACACGUACAACGUUGGCUGGGAUACCUUCUGCAUGCAUUGGAAUUCUCAUAGGGCCGCAACCUCCUACAGAAUAAAACUACAACCAGUGAAUGCUUAUGCCGGUGGCCAUCAAGAGGUAACCAUCAGUGGUGCUGAAACCAGCCACUGUUUCACUGGGCUUUCCCCAGAUUCCCUUUAUGAAGCCGUCAUUUACACUCAGCUGCCAAACCUCGAGGGACCUGGAGUCCACGUGCAGGAGAGGACCUUGGUUCGCCCGACAGAGGUUCCAACAGAACCCCCAUCUCCUCCUCCUCCACCGACCAUCCCUCCAGCCCGGGAAGUGUGCCUGGGUGCAAAGGCCGACCUGGUGUUCCUGAUUGAUGGUUCUUGGAGUAUUGGUGAUGAAAACUUCCACAAAAUAUUGCAGUUCUGUUUUGAUACCAUUGGGGCUCUUGAUAACAUCAGCCCAUAUGGAAUGCAGGUUUCUCUGGUUCAGUUCAGUGAUGAUGCAAAAGCUGAAUUUAAAUUGGACACUUACAGAGAUAAGGGAAUGGUCCUUGCUGCUCUUCAACUCAUCCAGUACAAAGGUGGAAACACAAAAACAGGCCGAGCUCUCAAGUUUCUACGCGACCAUGUCUUUGUUGCUCAAAAUGGCAUGAGAAGGACUGUACCGAAAGUUCUUGUUGUUGUCACUGAUGGACGCUCACAGGAUGAGGUUAAGAAACCUGCACUUUUGUUACAAGAAGCUGGUUACAGUGUGUUUGUUGUGGGGGUGGCUGAUAUUGAUGUCACAGAGCUGAAGAACAUUGGCAGCAAACCCAGCGAAAGGCACCUGUUCAUCGUGGACGAUUUUGAUGCUUUUGCAAAGAUUCAGGAUGAGCUUAUCACCUUCCUUUGUGAAACAGCUACUUCUACUUGUCCACUGAUUUAUCUCAAUGGAUUCACUACUCCAGGUUACAGAAUGCUGGAGUCAUUUAAUCUGACGGAGAAGGAUGCUCCAUCAGUCCCAGGAGUUUCUAUGGGACCAGGGUCUUUCAAUGGCUACACAGCUUAUAGCCUUCAUAAGGAUGCACACCUCCUUCAACCUACCAUAGACAUUCACCCUGACGGUCUGCCGCCAACCUAUACCAUCAUGAUACUCUUCCGACUUCUUCCAACCACUACCUCUGAGCCUUUUGCCAUUUGGCAGAUCACAGACCAAGAUUAUAAACCAGAAGUUGGAGUGCUUCUAGAUGGCAACAGCAAAACACUGUCAUACUUUAACAAGGAUGAAAGAGGAGAGUCGCAAACAAUCACGUUUGACAAUGAAGAUAUGAAGAAAAUCUUCUAUGGAAAUUUUCACAAGGUUCAUAUCAUGGUGAACCAGAACACUGUCAAACUGAUUGUGGACUGUGAAGAGGUUGAAGAGAAGACGACAAAUCCGCCCGGUAACAUUAGCACCGACGGAUACGAAAUUCUUGGAAAGCUGGCAAAAACUAGAGGACCAAAGGGCAGGUCGGCUCCAUUUGAAAUUCAAAGCUUCGACAUCAUCUGCAGCCUGGGUUGGGUUAUGAGAGACAAAUGCUGCGAUCUUCCUUCCAUGAGAGACGAAGCAAAGUGUCCAGCUCUUCCACACGCCUGUACGUGUGCUCAGGACAGCAUUGGGCCCCCUGGACCUCCUGGACCUUCUGGUCAAAGUGGUAGCAAAGGUCCAAGGGGAGAAAGAGGUCAACAUGGACCACCUGGUCCAGCAGGUCCACGUGGUGAUAUCGGACCACCAGGUGCACAAGGUCUCCCUGGCCCUCAGGGUGCUAAUGGGCUCUCACUUCCAGGAGAACCAGGACGCCCUGGAAUGAAAGGUGAUUCAGGAGAACCGGGAUUGCCAGGCCGGCAAGGACCACCUGGUCGUGUUGGCCCUCCAGGUACAGCAGGAACGGAGGGUCCAAGGGGUUUUCCAGGUAAACAAGGACCAAUUGGACCUUCUGGACCACGAGGACCACCUGGCCCAAAUGGUGUUUCUGGCCCUCCCGGUCAACCAGGAAGUCAAGGACCAAAAGGUGAAAUGGGAUCAGUGGGACAAAUUGGUCCAAAGGGGGAGAAAGGUGACCGGGGUGACUUUGCCCCCCAGAACAUGAUGAGAGCAAUUUCACGGCAGGUCUGUGAGCAGCUGAUGAACAACCAUAUGAGGAGAGUCAACUCAUUGAUAAACCAAAUCCCUAACGGUUACUACUCGAACCGAGCUGUUCCUGGUCCACCUGGUCCACCUGGUUCACCAGGUAGUGCUGGACAAGUCGGAGAAACAGGACCCCCAGGCCCACCAGGUUUCCCAGGAUCCCCUGGUGAUCAAGGCCGAGCUGGUGAAAGAGGGAGCCCUGGAGAGAAAGGUGAACAAGGCAGUCCAGGCAUUGGGAAACCAGGACAACGUGGCUUACCUGGACCUCCAGGCCCACCAGGACAAUCAAGAACUGGUCCCACAGGUCCUCCAGGUCCAAGGGGGCCAAUUGGACCACCAGGUCGUCCAGGGCGAUAUGGGUCUCGGGGUCCAGCUGGUCCACCUGGUUACUGUGAUUCCUCGAUGUGUGCAGGCAUUCCCUACAAUGGAUAUCCAGACCCAUAUUUCCAACCAGGACCAUACGAACCGCAACCUUAUCGACCAGAAACCCAUGUUGUACCCAUAGAAAGGGAAGAGGAAGAAGACCAAAUUGAAACUGAAAUUCAGUCGCCUGGAUUUAGCCGAGCCUAUUCAUGAGGAACGACCAUCAUUUAUCCAAUACCAAAAACAGGGGAGGGCAUGGAGUGGUUUUAUAUGAACUAAAAUUUCAAUCUUUCUUUUGUUGCGGCAUUCACAUCUGCAGAUCAUCUCUGUGCUUUUAAAUUUGAGCAAACCUGUGUUAGUUUGACUUGUAACCACUUAAUUUUGGUGUUGGCUAUGACCAGUAAAAGAUAACUCUAUUCUCAUUCCAGCCACAGCACAAGGAUGCUCCUUUUCAACUUACAUUUCUUUUAAUGUUACUGAACAAAUAAUGAGAGCUCUUCCUUAUCUAUACCUCUUGUAAUUGUAAUGGUGCACUGGGGAAUAGCAAAAGUCAGAAACUUCCAAUUGCAAAGAGUUGGGAUAUCAUACAGGGAGACAACUGUCCAUCCCAGCCCUGUGCCCUGCACAAACUGCAUUUACAUCUUUGCAAGAAAUACUAAGCAGCAAUAACUUUUCUUAACAUUGACAAUCAAGCUAAUUUUUUACCCUGCCCCCUUCCCUACGAAUGUUUGAAAGCCAGGACUCUUGCACAUGUGACUGAUGCAAAAUGAACCUAACGCCUGUGUAAUCUCAAUCUGUCACUUUCCACUGUUGUGUAUAUGCUUCUAUGUAGUAACUCACCUGUUCUGUUGGUCUCAACCUGCAGAGAUUGGUUUUAACUGUGCCUCUGUUCACUUUAUUUACACUGCGCUAAAAAAAAACAAAAAAAUCCUAUAAUCAAUAUUUUUUUCAAAAUAGAAAAAAAACAAAAAAAAAUGCCCACAUUGAUCCACACCAUAGACAGUCUCCUACCCUUCCUCCUAAUGGCACUCAAUACUCACCCUUCACAAUGGUUACUCUGCAACUUUAUCCCAUGUUAGCAUUUCAAAUGCUAUUUAAAUACGACAAGCUUGUCUACUACAUUCCAAUUAUAUAGUUUAUCUGUAUUUUCAGUUAUAAUCCUAUUAGGAAUAUGUUACUUUAUCUUACAAGUGUAUCAGCUGGUUAAAUCAAGAAUUAGGUGCAACACACUCUUAAAACAAAUACUGCUUAAAAUCAUUGUACCUACCAAUACAGUACUUAACACUGCUUAUAACUUUUUUUUACAUUAAAACUUUAAAUAUAAAUGUGCUGGUUCUCAGCAGAUCUGUUACAAAGGGUGGUGGAAAUGCAUGUCUGUGAUGUAUAUUUAGUAUGGAACCUUUACCAGAAUAUAGUGUUUUCAGAAACUCGAAUGCAGUUGGAAUCUGUUUGCAAGACUAUGGAUAUAGAAUUGCUGCUUCAUAUUUGUAACUGCAGAUUGUGAAUUUCACAGCCUAAAUUUCCUAUUUAUUUCUGAAAUGAAAGAGGCAUUUUUCAAUAAAACUACUGAAAUUAAACCAAA